CCUCUUUACCUUACCCACCGGAGAAGAAGAAGGAAAGACGAAUCAUUGUUUUCUUUUUCUCUAAAAAGAUCAAACCUUUACUUGUCUAAAAGCAUCAAUGGCUUCUCGGCGGCGAGUGCUUCUCAAGGUUAUUAUCCUCGGAGACAGUGGUGUUGGGAAGACGUCUUUGAUGAAUCAGUUUGUGAAUCGAAAAUUUAGUAAUCAGUACAAAGCAACCAUUGGAGCUGAUUUCUUGACCAAAGAGGUUCAAAUCGAUGACAGGUUGUUUACUUUGCAGAUUUGGGAUACUGCUGGACAAGAAAGGUUUCAAAGUCUGGGUGUUGCUUUCUACCGAGGAGCAGACUGUUGUGUUCUUGUGAAUGAUGUCAAUGUUAUGAAAUCGUUUGAGAAUCUUAACAACUGGAGGGAAGAGUUCUUGAUCCAGGCUAGUCCUUCGGAUCCUGAAAACUUCCCAUUUGUUGUGUUGGGGAACAAGACCGAUGUUGAUGGUGGAAAGAGUCGAGUGGUUUCUGAGAAAAAGGCAAAGGCUUGGUGUGCAUCCAAGGGAAACAUUCCUUACUUCGAGACUUCAGCCAAAGAAGGAUUCAAUGUCGAUGCAGCUUUUGAAUGCAUAGCCAAAAAUGCUCUCAAGAAUGAACCUGAAGAAGAAGUGUACCUUCCGGAUACCAUUGAUGUAGCUGGGGCUCGGCAACAAAGAUCAACUGGGUGUGAAUGCUAACCAACUUUGUUGCAAGGUUUAUUAGAAAGAACUUGUGUUCUAAGUUGUGAGCUUUUUGUUUCUAUGGCAUAAUAGUAGCAUAAGCACCUUUGUUACUACUUUCUGCAAUUGUGUAUUUUCAUCUCAUCGGGUUACAGAAUUAAAACGAAUUGGGUUCCUUACCUUUUAGCUUAA